UUUUAACUAAAAAGAAGGUUCUAAAAAGCAAUAUAACAACGUUUAAAGGCAAGGUAAAUUCGAAUUUAGAACAAGCAGAAAUUUUAGAGGUAAAGUUGUUCGAAACGAAACUAAAUGCUUUUAACAGUGAGCUUCGUUCUAUUUAUGAGGAAAUAUUUUUGUUGUGUCCUGAAAAAGAUUGUGAUACAUUCAUUACGGAACAACAAACAAUACAAGAAACUUUAGAUGAAUUAUGGAUAACUAUAAAUAAAAAGUUACAGAAACUUUCCAGUGACUCUGUUAUCGAAACAAGUAGUGUAGCAAAAGUAAAUUCGUCUGACGUUCGAUUACCAAAAUUAGAACUUUCUACCUUUACAGGGGAAAAUAUAGAUGAGUGGAUUAGUUUCUAUGAUGAUCUUUUUAAGGCUAGUGUAGAUAACAAUCCGAAUAUUUCUAAAUGUCAGAAGUUUCAAUAUUUAAAGGCUUCUUGUAAAAAAAAGGCUCUGUCUAUUAUUGAGUCAAUUCCUAUUUCUGAUGCUAAUUAUGAUAUAGCGUUGCAACUUUUACAGGAACGUUAUUCUAAUAAAAGAGAAUUAACUAAUGCAUUAAUCCGUAAAAUGUUUAAUUUGCCAAAUGUUUCUGAUUCAGCUCAAGCUAUUUUACAUUGUGUUGAUGUAGUGAAUGAAUGUACUCCAUUCCUGGAAGUCAAACGUAUUUCAAGUGAAGAUAAAAAAUGUGAAGAGUUCUUUAAAACAACACACUUCCGUGAUCAAAAUGGUCGUUAUGUAGUGAAACUUCCAUUUAAAGAUAACCCUUCAAGGUUGGGUAAUUCUAAAGAUCUUGCUUUACAAAGAUUUAAAUCUUUAGAGAGAAAUCUCUUAAGAUCUCCUGAUACAUAUGAUAUGUAUAAACAUUUCAUGAAGGAAUACUUGGAUCUCGGGCACAUGGAACCAGUCCGUAGUUCAGAGUCCCCAAGUCAGGCAUACUACAUGCCACAUCAUGCAGUAAUUAAGGAAUCUAGCUCUACGAGUAAAAUACGUGUGGUAUUUAAUGCUACUAGUGCUCAAAACACUGAGUGCAAAAAUCUAGUAAAUCAACUCUUGCAAAUGUUAGAACGUGGAGGAUUUCUUCUGCGUAAAUGGUCAUCCAAUGACUUGUCAGUGUUAGAGAAUAUACCCCAGGAGUUGAGAAAUGAUUCUGAGGCUAUGAAAAUUCAAGACGAUAGCUCAAUCAAAGUUUUAGGAAUUAAUUGGAACCCCCGUGAAGACUACUUUAACUUUUCCGUAUCCAUUUCUGACAUGUGGAAACUCCAUUUAUCGUGGGAUGAACCUGUUAGUGAUGAGAUUGCUAACAAAUGGAAGAUUUUCCGAAAUGAUUUACAUCUUAUUCAACAAUUAAAAAUACCGAGAUUUGUUUUGAUUCCUGACGUGAACUAUAUUGAUAUCUGUGCUUUUUGUGAUGCCUCCGAGAAAGGCUACUGUGCAGCAAUUUAUUUGCGUUCAGUGUCACGUAAUUUGGACAUCAAAGUAACACUCUUAACAUCAAAAACAAGAGUUGCCCCUCUGAAAGUGCAAUCAUUACCUCGAUUAGAGUUAUGCGCCGCAGUUUUGUUAGUGAAUUUGCUUAAAUCAGUGUUAGAACAUUUAGAGUUUCCUAUACGUAAAGUUUUGGCCUGGACAGAUUCAACUGUUGUACUGUCCUGGAUUUCUGCAGAACCAUACCGUUGGGUUCCCUUUGUUGCAAACCGCGUUGCUAAAAUACAGAAUACAAUUCCUAAUGUAAGGUGGAACCAUAUCAAUGGAAAGCGGAACCCAGCUGAUUCAGGUACAAGAGGAAUGUUUCCAGCAGAAUUUCUGAAGUGUGAGCGAUGGUUCAUUGGACCUACUUGGUUAUAUUCACAAGAUUUCGAACCAUGUCCUGACAGUGAACAUCUUGCUGAUGUAGAUUAUGAAGGAGUUCGUUUUCUGACAACCGAUGAGCUUCGAUUAGCUACAAAAACAGUGAUAAAAAAUGUCCAAGAAUCAUAUUUUCCUCAAGAGCUCUCUUAUUUAAAAACAUCGAGAGAAUUAAAAGGUGUGAGCAGCCGAGUAAUACAAUUAACUCCCUUCCUUGAUGAAGAAGGCGUCAUUCGAGUAGGUGGUCGCUUAAAAAAUGCAAACAUUCCUGAAAAUAGCAAACAUCCUAUUUUGCUUCCAAAGGAAGGACAUGUCACUAAUCUCAUCGUAACUCAUUACCAUGUCAAUUAUUUGCAUGCUAGUCAAGAGUUAUUAAUAAGCACUUUACGAAUGCAGUUUUGGAUUCUUGCGGUGAGAAGCGUAGUGAGAAAGAUUAUUCACAGAUGUAUUCCUUGUAUUAGAAAUCGAGGCAAGACUGUGACCCAGAUAAUGGGUGAUUUACCCUCGCCCAGAGUUCAACCAUCAAGACCUUUUGCAGUCACCGGUGUUGAUUAUGCUGGUCCAUAUUCUAUUAAGUCCCAAGUUGGGAGAAGAACAAAAACUUUCAAGUGUUACGUAUCCAUUUUUGUGUGUUUCUCAACAAAAGCUGUACACUUGGAGUUAGUCAGUGAUUUAUCAACUUCAACGUUUUUAGCAGCUCUAAAAAGAUUUAUCGCCCGACGAGGCAAACCAUCUAAAAUUUCGAGUGACUGUGCUACUAACUUCAAAGGUGCUAGUAAGGAACUGAAGGAGAUUUAUAAAAAUGCAGCUCGCAUUGAGAAAAGCAGUGAAUUAUGUGACUACAUUACCUCAGAAGGUAUAACUUGGUUAUUUAAUCCUCCGACAUCUCCUCACUACGGUGGCUUGUGGGAAUCUAAUGUGAAAUCCAUGAAAUUUCAUCUUAAACGAGUAUUAGGAUCCACACUUCUAACUUACGAGGAAUUUUUAACAGUGCUUACACAAGUGGAAGCGUGUAUGAAUUCCCGUCCUCUUUGUGCGAUGUCUAGUGAUCCAAACGACUUUAGUGCAUUGACUCCAGGUCAUUUUCUGAUUGGAGCCCCUUUGCUUGCCAUUCCGGAAUCUGACUUGAGUGAUGUGAAAUCUUCACGACUUAAACGUUGGUCUCUAGUUCAACAGACUGUGCAACAUUUUUGGAAACGAUGGUGUGCAGAAUAUUUAACAACACUUCAACAACGUGCUAAGUGGUUUCGUGCGUCUCCAAAUCUAAAAUGUGGUGAUUUAGUUCUGAUCAAAAACGAACAACUGCCUCCAAACCAAUGGAAAAUUGGAAGAAUUGCCUUAAUUCAUCCAGGUAGUGAUAAAAAAGUUCGAGUGGCUACAAUCCAUACAGCCGCUGGUGAUUUCAAACGAGCUGUUACUAAAUUGUGUCUUAUCCCCAAUCAUGACUAA